GUCCUGUUCACAUUGUCAUUGAUAUUAGCUGGUUAGAAAUCAGCAGGGAGAGUGCUCAAACAAUGCGAGCUGGGGUGGUGGCAGGAGCGAUGCAAAGUUGGCUCUGAGCAACGAUGCACGGAGCGGCAGGCGGGAGCACCAACUUUUCUUUCUGCCAGCACCACCCCGCAUUAGCUGUUCUUCCUUCCCAAUCCUCUCCAAAUAAGGUGUCCGCAGGAAGACCCCAUCUGGCGCCACUGACGCUGCAACAACAGUACUCGAGGCGCCCGACUCCUUUUAGCAGCGCAAGACUUCUCGAAAGCAGAGGAGCACAGCAGUCAAGGAGAAGUGUAGCCACGUGUUUUGACAACAGUAGGGCAGACGUAACUUUUACAGGAGCGCCUUCCACUCCCAGGACUGAGCACUUAUGGAAAACGAAGCAACAUAAGUGCUCGAGACAUAAGCCCAGGGCACACCACCCUUCCCAUCGCACCCGGUUCGCAACAGAAAGGGUGUUGCUGUCGAGCACAGCAGAACCUGGCGGCAUUCCUCAGGGGCGCCGGUCUUGCACUCUGCCUCGCAGCACCGCAAUCAAUCUUGCUCCCCCCCCCGCUACGUCGUCUUCCUGGAACAACCUUGUCCCUUUCCUCCUUGUGGCAUUCUCAUCCAGGCAUAAUCGCCCACGCUCAACCGCUCGCAGCCUCGCUAGCGAUCACCCCGGACAGCCAAAAGAAGCACCAAAGGGGGGCACGUCCAUCAGGCGCCCUCAAGAGUCUCUCACAACCUCAACUUCUACUGGACCCUCAAAAGCAGCAUUCGCCGGAGAGACCCGAGUUGGACGUACAAAAGGAGGACUGAAAGAGUCCAACCACCCCGGGCGCUCGAAACAAACCAAUACUAGGAAACAAAAGCAGAAGUUCAAGCGCGCCCAGUUCACCGAGAUUGCCCCGGAGGAGGCGCGCGCCGUCUUGGCCUGCCGAUACAGUGCGGCCGAGGGAAUCCCAUACCGGGCGCCGGAAGAGUUUCGGCUGUGGGUGCAGCUCAUGAUGGCGGGGCCGGAGCAUGUCAUCUUGUCAGAGCCGGGGGAUUACAUCUUCCAGGAUGGGCGGCGCCUAGUUCGUCCGUACUUUUUCGAGUUUGUGUCGCACGUGAAGAGCCGCUGGGCGGGCCAGAACAUCGUGGAACUCUUCUCCAACGAGUUCCGCCAGCGGGACCGCCAGUACUACAUGCAAGCCGUCGAAGACGGGCGCCUCCAGGUCGACGGCCGCAAAGUCCCCACGAGCUACCGCCUCACGCAGGGCCAGACCGUGGUCCACUUCGUGCACCGGCACGAGCCCCCGGUAAUGGCGGAUCCGGUAACGGUCCUCUUCUCGGACGCGGACGUCGUUGUCGUCCGGAAGCCGGCGUCCGUCCCCGUGCACCCGUGCGGGCAGUACCGCAAGAACACGGUGCUCGGGAUCCUGCAGGCGGAGCACCCGGAGCUCGGCACGCUCUCGCCGAUUCACCGGCUGGACCGACUCGUUUCCGGCCUGCUCAUCCUGGCGCGCAACCCGGAGACCGCCGACCGAUUCCGACAGGACAUCACGGCGAACGAGGUCCAGAAGGAGUACGUGGCGCGCGUAGUGGGCGUUUUCCCCGAAGGGCCCGUCGAGGCGGCAGCGCCGCUGCUGUACGACGGCAAGGAGGGGCGCGCCAUCGUGGAGGUUCCGGAAGAGGAAAACGAUCCGGAGGCGAUUGCGGCCGCGAUGCUCAACGGCGGCCGCACGCGCGACGCGCUCACACGCUUCCGGCGGCUCAGCACGGACGGCGCCACGAGCGUCGUGGCGUGCCAGCCGCUGACCGGGAGAACGCACCAGAUCCGAGUCCACCUACAGUACUUGGGUCACCCGAUUGCCAACGAUUUCCUGUACCUGUACCCGGGGCCUCUUCCCGAGGAGGCGCGCAAGAAGGGCGGGGACACCACCGCCGACGUCGCGGCCGCGCGGGGCGCCGCCAAAAUGGCGGCCGCGGCCACGGUCGCGGGCGCCACUCUGGCGGGGGCGAUCCGCGUCGUGGUCGCCGCGAAGGCGAGGAAAGCGCGGGAGGAUGCCGAGGCGGCGCGGCGACAGGAAAAUGAGGGGUCAGCUCUGGGAGACGGGUUGAGUUCAGCGGGCUUGGCGGAGGCAAUUGGCGGAGGCACUUUCGGAAACGGAGAAGCCGGCGAGACGAGCGGAGAGCCCCUCGUUCACGGGCUGGCGAGGGGAGAGUUGAAUGUUGGCAAUCUCACGGGGGAGGAGAGGUCACAGGAAGCUGGUGUUGCAGACGUGCCGUCCGCUGGGGGUGCGAUUCCUGAGACAGGAUCUGGAACGAGGCCUGUCGGAGCAGGGGGAGAUGGGGCCGGUACAGGGGUGGGGUCGGAGGCCCUGUUUGAGGUGGACCCGUACUGCACCAACUGCCCAAGCAUAGGGCCGACGGGGUACGAAGAGGACCAGGAGGGCUUAUGGCUGCAUUGCAUACGGUAUACGGGGAAGACGUGGACGUAUGAGUGCCCACUGCCCGACUGGGCACAGUUGAACUGACGCUUACGGAUUGUGGGUUUCUGCGUGUGCGGCCAUAGACUUUCCAUGCUCAUAUCUGGUUUGGCCAGAAUUGGAUCGACCACAAAGGCCGGGUCGUGAUGAUUUAGUGGCGGACCGUGGACCAGCAAGAAGUAUCUCAACGCAUGCAGAGUUGCGACGACAUCCUUCGGAGCUGGCCAGAAUAAAAAGGCACCAGAAUUGCGCAUGUGGGUCAGCUUGAAUGACGGAGGAUCCGCACCCGUUGGUUUUCCACUGCCCUAGUCCGUCGAUUUUCCACGGCCGUACGACUUAUGGACAUCAGUGCCAUGCGCAGAGAACGAGGUGUCAAGCUUAUCUCAUGUAUUUCCCACUCGCAUUUACUUUCUGGCCAACAAUCUGCAGUGAGCUGUAAAUUAUCCUCAUUUCAAGCUUUC